AACUUGUUUGAUCAUAUUAUAAGGUGCAAAUCAGCUCAUGAGAUAUGGAGGACCCUCGAUCGGCUGUUCAACAAGAAGGAUGAAGCCCGACUACAGAUAUUGGAGAAUGAAUUGGCUAACACCAUUCAAGGAGCUACUAGCCAAACAGAUGGCUGGUGUAUUGAUCAAAGAAGGGGAAGGAAAUGCCCUUGCAGCUAACUGAAGGAAUCUUAAAGUAAGGCAAAAGCAAAGUGGCUCAAGAGAGAUUGCGUAUUCUCAAUUCCAUGAGGGUUCAAGCUCGUCAAGACAGAAGGAGGAUUCUUCUAAUCAUUAUGGUAAGAAGUCUAUUAAAUGUUACCGAUGUGUUGAACUAGGACACAUAAAAAGAUUUUGUCGAGCCAAAGAAAGCAACAUGGCUCAAACCGAGAAAGUUGCUGCAGAAGAAAAAGACUGGGGAAGGUGCGUCGUAGCUGAGGCUCGAGUAGUAGAUGCCCUGGGUUCCUUCAAUUUCGAAAGAGACUGGAUCAUGGAUUCAAGAGAUAAUACGGUCCAUCACGUGGAGAAGGAAGGCAUUGGUGUCAUCAACAAAAAGCAAGAAGAUUCCAAAGACGUUCAAACUAGUGACGUGGCAGCUGCUAUCGAGGAAAUCAACGAAGCAAAUCCUGAUGCUGGUAAUUAAAGUCUAGACGUGAGAGAUGUUGAAGUAGAACCUGAGCAGGCAAUGUCUGAAACUAUAUAUAGUAAUGGUGACCAUUUUGGAGAAAGCAUUGAGGGAGUUGUAGUGGAAGUUGAAGUCUCUGGUCAAUCAUCUGCCGUAUCAGAGUCAAUCACUAGCUCAGAUCAAAUACUGAAAGCAGAUGGAGAAGCCGACGGUCAAAUAAAUGAAAAGGUUGACCUUGAAGGCUCAAUUUCAUGUGGAGAUACAAGCAGUAUGGUUUUUGAAAGCUCUGAAGCUGCCAAACAGUUUAUCGAGGAGUUGGAAAGGGAAUCUAGUGGUGGAUCCUAUGUUGGUGUUGAGGCUUCGAAGGAAAUUAAUGGUCAGAUCAUCACUGAAUUAGGUGCUUCUCCAAAUAACACAAUUGUCAAGGAGCUAACAGAAAGAGGGAGUCUGGAAACUCAAGAAUGUGAAGUUCAGCAUGAAGAUGAGUCACGUGGUUCGCAAAGGCCAAAAAGAAAUAGUGGCAAGUCUACCCGCUACCCAGAUGAAAAUUUUAUCAAGACAUAUUCAUGUUUGUUUGGAGGCCCAAUUAUUAGCGAAAAACCAUCAUCAUUUGAAGAAGUAAGAAGUGUCGGGAAAAUAUUGCUGAGAUCGUCACCAAGGCACGCCCAAAAGCUUCGGUUGAGUUCUUCCGCAACAAGCUCGGGGUAGUUUCCAAAAAAUCACUUUAAGGGGGGGUGUGAAGAAGUAAAGUUGAUUUUUUGGAGGUACAAAAAAUCCUAGAUAUUUAGUAAGGGAUCUAGAAUAGUCUAGUGUAGGAUCUUAGAUAAUUAUCUUAAAGAAAAAUCUAGAUAUUCUAGAGUAGUGUUAGAAGAUAAGGCUAACUAGAUAUUUUAUAGUUAUAUCUAGAUAAUUCUAUCUAGAACCAUCCCUAGAUAAGUAUAAAUAAGGGUGACCUUGAACAUUUAUAAU